GCAAAAUUGAAAAGUUUCGAUCACAAACGUCAGGAAAUGGGCGUAGUACGUCUACAUUGUGUCAUUUCUUUCAGUUCUCAGGAUGAGAAGUAUCAAGUUGAAAAUAUACUUAAUGGUUAUUCUGAUGUCACCACCAGCAGAUGGUUGACUGCUUCUUCAGAUAAAUCUGGGAGACUUGAGGCAGAGUUUCAGUUGGAAAAGGCUAGCCUUAUCAGUUAUCUUGAUAUUGGAAACUUUGGAUCUGCAACAGUUGAAGUUUUGGUUGGACGAUCAUCAUGGCCCAGGAGAAAAGAGUACUUGACUUUUCUUCCAACUGUUGUAUUUAUGACCCCAACUGAUUGUAGAAAUGGAAAGAAUAAUAUGACUGUUCGAAUGUUCACAGAAGAGCACUUGGAUAAAGUUGCCAUCAAAGAGAAGUGGGACAGGAUUAAAAUUAUUUGCUGCCAGCCAUAUAACAAAAAUUUGCAGUUUGGUCUAUCAUUCUUGCGGCUGGGAAACAACGAGGAUAACAUCAUAGAUGCUGCAUCAGAAAAUCUACCAGAUGCUGCAUUGAUGGAUCAGGCAAAAACUUUAAGUACUGAAACAAGUUCCAUCAGGACGUCUAAACCGGCUAGGGUUAGGAGUUUAACAUCAGAUAAAGGUGCUUCCCGGGCAGCAAAAAUGUUGAGAGCGGCACAUUUAGCAAACAGUUCUACUCGUAAGGCUAUAAAUAUCAAGAAAGAAUAUAGUAGUCAGUUAAAUCUCAGCCUGGAAGAAGAAGCACUCUUGCUCCUUACCAGUUUAGAAUCCAGCAAGAAGUUAUCAUUUAAAGAGUUAUGUCAUAAACUAGAAACCAAGAGAGGGCGUAGACUUACGUGUGAAGAGGAAAAGAAAUUUAUGGAUAUUGCUAAGGAUUUUGGAAGAAGUAAAAUAGAUGGUGAAUUUCAAGUUAUUUACAAAGAAAGUUUAAAUAGGGAUAAAGCUUCUAGUUCAAAUUUAAGUAUCUUGAGUCAGUAUAAAAUGCCUUCUGUCUCCAGAAACACUCUUUCGGUGGUGGAUAUAAAUACAUCUCCAAAUAAAAAGUUACAGAAACAUUCCUCUUCAUCAGCUUCAGCAGUUACAUCAAAAAGCUUGACACAGUCAGCAGGAUUUAACAAUUCAGUGUGUUUUUAUAGUCAUGAAAAAUCUUCCGUCACUGAUGAUGAUUAUCAUUACCAUCUAUCACCAGAAGUUCCUGACUUUGAUCUUUGUUUUGAUUAUGAACUUAAUGAAUGUAAUUCGUCAUUGUCCAAGGAAUCCUCUAUUAAAUCUGAUGAAAGAAACAAUUCUGUUGUUGUUGUUGAUCCAAAGCACUGUUUGUCACCACCAGUUCCUGAUUUUGAUUUAAGUUUUGAAUUAGAAUCUGUCAAAGAGGAGUCUGAUGAUGAUUUGACUUCAUCAGAAUAUUCAUUGCCUUCAAAGUCUAUGAAACUGCACAAUUACAAAAACAGAAAAAGACCAACUUUGCUGUGUACAAGGCAAGGAAAAGAAAGAAAAUCAACAUGUGUUAGUAGAAGAAAUGAAGAUGAUACAACUUCACAAACAAAAAAUUUUCUUGUAGUACAGUGUCCUCUGUGUGAAGAAUAUUUUCCACAGGCAGAUGUUGAAAACCAUGCAGCUGUUUGUAUGGAAGAACCCAACAGACCAGACUUAUCACCCCACUCCAGCUCUCCUGAGAGUUUUGUAGAAUGUCCUGUUUGUAAUGAGAUUUAUGACAUCCAGAGUAUUACUUCUCAUGCCAAUAUGUGUGCUGACUUAGUAGCUUCAUGAAAUACCUCAAAACUUCAAUCUGCAUCAUUAAACUGUAACUUGUGACACACCUCAGAAACUGCAGUCUGCAUUUCUUAAUUAUAAUUAAGAUUGAGAACUUUGAUUUGCAUUUUGAACUUUAAAUAAUACAAUAUUAGAAAACUUCAAUUUGCAUUAUUGAACUGUAAACAACACAUCAGGAAUCUUCAAUUUACAGUGUUAAACUGUAGCAUGUGAUACAUCUGGAAGUUUCAGUUUGCAUUGUUGAACUGGAAUUUGUGACAUCUAGAAACAUCAAUUUGUAAUUCUAAACUGUAUCUUUUGACACAUGUGAAAACUUCAGUCCACAUAGAUGAACUGUAAGCUCUGAAACAUCAGUGUAGUGUUUAAAAUCUGAUAAUUAAAAUACAAUAUUUCAUUUUUACAUAAUUAAAUGAAUCUAUUGAUUGUGCUCUAUCUUGCUUUAUACAAGAUGAAAAUCCAAGAACACAACUUCCUUCAGAAGUUCUAAAACAAAUGUUAAUCUUUACAAGAACACAAACUGCAUUUCAUUUUAAUGAGGAAUUUUACAAUCAGAUUGAGGGAAUAAGUAUGGGCAGUCCAUUAGUACCUGUUCUAGCUAACAUUUUUAGGAACAUGCUUGAUUAUAAAGUUAAAAGUAUGGUUAAUCUAGGAUUAUGCUUUUUGUCAAAUACGUUGAUACAUUUGCUGACUUUAUUAUUUUUAAAUUCAUUACAUCUUGAUAUUAAGUUUACUCAUAAGAAUGAGGGUGAGUUAUCUUUUCUUAAUUUCAUGGUUAGUAAGGUUAAGAAUGCUUUCACAACAAAAGUAUUUAGGAAGGAAACACAUAUUGACUGAUCUUUACUUGAAUUGAUCGUCAGUUAAUGAGUAGGUUUUAUUUAAGCUAAUGUCAAGGUUAUGUUUGUGACAUCACCAAUGGGUGUAUUUCAUUGUCAUGCCAUAUAUCAGUGCAACGACUUGCUGGACUUUCAUCUUAGUUUAAUACUUUUUCUUUUCUUUUUUUUACAUUUUAGUAUUUCCAAUGAUUUCCUGAUACUUCAAGCUGUAAUACUGUGAAUUUGAGUUAAUUUUGUCCCAUAAAAUUGUGUUGUGUUGUUUGUAAGUUUUCUACUAUGGCUGAAUUUUCUGUUUUAUUGUGUUUUAAAUACCAUUCCUGUAAUCCAUAUUUUAAGAUAUUUUUUAGUUUGACCAAGA